AUGGCACCUCAAGUGACAGUAUUCUUUCACAAGCUCCCAACUAUUGGCAACAAUACUAAGAAAACUGGUCACCACAUGUCUUUCGUCCUUGGCCAUGCAUCAAUCACCCGUAGUGUGAUGAAGCCUAGAUCAACACAAGACAAAAAGAUGAUGAAGGUUGUUAAGACGCAAGUCAUCAAGACCCCCUCUAAGAAUGCGAUGAGGAACCAAAGAAAGAGAGCUGCUAGAGCUCAAAGGAAGAGAGAUGGUCAAGCAAAGUCAAUUGAAACCAUCCUAGCAGAGAUUGCUCAACCGAGACCUAGUGAGGAAAGAAUGAAGAUUCCCUCAAGGGAGGUGAAGAUUCCCUCAAAGGAGGGGAAGACCCCCACACAAGCUUAUUUCAUGGUUGGUGCUAUGCAAGUUUGUAUACCUACUGUAAGUGUGAUGGUGACCUCCACUGAUGGAGAAGAUGAAACUGAAGCUUCAGUGAGUCCAACAUCAACUACCUCUUCCCAACAAGUUACGAUGGAUCCAAGACAAAUUGCAGAGGAAGUAGUCAAAGCUCUCGAUGCACCACCGAAACGUGGGGAAGGCGAAAGGGAACAAAGAACAAACACUGAAUCAGAAGAUGAAGAAGUUGCAUGGAGUGACAACCCAGCUUUUGAGCCAUCUGUAAUAGAAAAAGUGACUCAGUAUGAAGCUAAGGUAGCAGAGGAAACGUCCCAGCUAUUGGAAUCACCAAUCAAAACUCCACAACGAUUUUCCAGAAGUGAAAAAGGAAAGGAGGUAGAAGGUGAGCAAGUACUAGUAACGAACUCACAAACUCCUGAAGAACAAAUGCAAGAGUUACAGAAGAGGUUGGCUCAGUUUGAAUUAGAGGCAGCUCGAAGACAAGAAGAAGAAGCCAAGAAGCGCGCCGAAGUAGAAGCGGAGGCCGCUAAGAAACUUGCAGAGAAGGAAGCUGAAGUAGCAGCCUUGGUUGCUCAGAUGGCUCGAAUGAUGCAGGAGAAAGACAAACCGAAAAGCUCGUUUGAGCAAUACAUGGACGAAUUGAGAAAAGAAAAGGGAAGUUCGUCAUCAAUUAACUCAAACAACUUUUCUCCGAACGACAUCAAGACAAUGAUUGCGGAGGGAAUUAAAGAGUUUCAGAUGUCUUUAAAUCCGCCUGUCAUCGGAUAUUGCAAGCCAUACCCUUCUCAUUAUGACAUUAUACCCUUCCCUAAAGGGUACCAAAGACCAACAUUUGACAAGUUUGAUGGGCUAAAUGGCUCACCUCAUGAACACCUGGCCCACUUGUACUCAACUUGCGGAGAGACGUCUCAGCUAGACGCCUUUUUAGUAAGACAAUUUGUCCAAUCUCUCAAGGGUUCAGCAUUUACGUGGUACACCCAACUUCAAGAAGGAUCCAUAAUUACGUGGGAUGACAUGCAAAGAGCAUUUUUGGCUCAAUUUGUCAGUUCAAAGAAGAAGAUCUCAAUCAUUGACCUAGCUGAUUCGAGACAAAAGGUAGGGGAAAGCUCCAACGAUUUCAUUACAAGGUGGAGAAGUUUAAACCUACAAUGUCCAGAAAAAUUGACCGAGCAGUCAGCGGUUCAAAUGUGUGCCAAUAACCUCCUCCCAGAAAUUGCAACAUUUGUAGGCACUGCAGAACCCCAAACAUUUGAUGCAUUGGUCUCAAAAGCUAGCAACGUAGAAAGACAAAUGGCUCGCCAAAAGACACUAGCUCCGAAAUUGCAAGUUGGGGAAAAGAAAAAUGACGUCAAGCAGAAAUUUGCAGUCAAUAAAGGGGAGUCCAUGGCUACUUUCAUUAAAACAGAAAGAAAAACUGAAGCAAAAAGCAUAAAGCUCCUAGAACCAAAACGCCCAGCUGAAGUGAAUAAGACCAAGGAGCCCAACUAUUGCAGGUAUCAUCGCUUGCUUGGUCACACAUUGAAGGACUGCUAUGUACUCAAAGACAUUAUCCAGGAGAUGAUCAAUAACCAAGAAAUUGAGAUUGACUCAUCCGCUUCAGCAAAUGUGGUUGAAGAAGGUCCUGCAGUAAAAGUUCCAACAGUCUCACUUCCUAAGGGAGCCAUAAAGGUUGCUUUUCAAGUGGAUGAUAACGUGAAAAUUGUUCAUGCGUACCCAGAUAUGCCUCGGCCCAGGAAUCUCAAAAUACCGAGUUUAUAUGAGCUAAUGACUGCACCAAGUCUUGACAUUUGGGAAGAUUCAGAAGAGUCAGAUGAAUCAGCAGACGAAUGGAGUACAGUAACAAAAAGGGUUCAACAUCGACCUCUUUUUACAAAAUCCUCCGCUCCAACCGGUGUUAAAAUUAGGGGAAGGCCCCCUUUGAAAAACAAAAAGAAGAAGAAGAGGGCGCCCAAGAAAGCUAAGGCCCCUCAAGAAGAGGAAUAUGAACAAUCACCUCGAGUACCAAUCACUCUUCGAGAAUUCUUACCCAAGGAACUUCUCGAAGACGAAAGGAAAGAAGAAGAAAACGAAGAGGUGGUUGAGUGUUGCAUGGUCACCAUUGGCAUCGCCGGCGAAUCAGACACCGAAGCAGAUAAAAAAGAGGAUCAAGACAAGUCAGAACCCGUAGUUAAUGAGAUAGUGUUACACUCUGGCUCAAGUAUCCCAAGUGCUGAUAAGAAGAAAGAAGCAGGCUCGACUUCUGAAAAGCUCAAGAAGCUGAAGUUGAAGCCGACCUCAGAAAAUGUCAUAGACAAGAGCCACAAAACUUCAACAGCUUCGACAUCAACAAACUCUGUACCUGAGCAUACCAAAAGCAAAGGAAAGGAGUCGGCAGGAAAAUACAAGUACGAUGUGUUAGCUCAUUUGAAGCGUGUCCCAGCAACGUUAAGCGUCUUUGAAGCAUUGCAAAUGUCAAGGGAGCUCCGAGAAGCACUCAUUGAAGCUUUGACGUGCCCAGAUAUCUACAAAGACGAGAUUGAAGAAGUGGCCGUGACUACUCCGAGAGUUUGCAUCGGUUGCAAAGAAUGCAUUAUGUUUUGUGAAGAUGACCUCCUGCUUGGAUCUGAAUAUCACAACAGGCCACUCUAUGUCACAGGAUUGGUUGGAGACACCAUGCUUAUUCGGAUUCUCUUGGAUGGUGGUUCAGCAGUAAACCUCUUACCACUCAAGACACUUCGUAUGAUGGGAAUGAGUCCAAAACAAUUGUCCCCAUCUUUGUUGACAAUCCAAGGGUACAACCAGUCUGGACAAAGAGCCAUGGGUACUAUCGCACUUCAAAUGGAAAUUGGGGAGUUGUAUUCAGAUGCACUAUUUCAUGUGAUUGAUGCUCCCACAUCCUUCAAUGUUUUGUUGGGACGUCCGUGGCUCCACACAUAUGGCAUUGUUCCAUCAACGUUACACCAAUGUUUCAAGUUCAGAGCAGAUGGAGUGGUGAAGAAAGUAUUGGCAGAUGUGGAUCCUUUUAAAGGAGAAGAAGUUAAUUACUCAGAUGCCAAAUUCUACAAAUCCCCAGUCGUAUCUGCUUCACAACCAUCAAAGGCUAGGAAGUCACGAAAAGCUGAAGUUGUGCAACAUAAAACCGAGGCUACUAAGCCAUCGAGGCCAGUCCGGGUGAAAGUAAUAACGUCUUCAAGUGAGAAGGAUGCUUUGACUUCAAAAGUGACAAAGCCAAAAGUGAUCUUCAAAUACCUAAAAGAGGACCAACGUGAGCCAGGACAAAAAGCACUUACAACGGUCAAGGAUACAAUGGAAACACUAAUGACCAGCUAUACUAAGCCCCUUCGGAAAGUUGACCAGUCUAUUCCUGAAGGUAAUAUGGUGAUCUCUACAGUACUUGAAAAAAAUGAAAGACAAAAUCACCGAUUUGUCUCAUUCAGAAAUAUGUCAUCCGCUCCAUUAAGGGUAAACCCUAAGAAGCUUAAGAAAAACCUAAAGAGUAGUCCACUCAGAAUUACAGUUCAGCAGGUGGAUGGUAUGCUCAAGGUAAGAAUCCCCAAGAUAGAAGCUUCCAAAUGUAAGCUAUCACGCAUUUCAGUCUUUCGACGUCUUGGGACCCAAACUCCACCACGGGUAUCAGUGUUUCAACGCUUGGCAAUUGAAGGUCAACCUCGAGUUUCAGCUUUAUGCCGUUUGAACAAGAAUCUAUCUUCACUUUCAAACAAGUCACAAACCGUCAAGAAAUGGCAAGCCAAAAGAUGGGUGAAGGUGAUUUUUAAGAAGUCUACAAGAAGAAAAAUGAACAAAGAAGCGGAGGAAUCCUUGUCAGUGAACUGUGUUUCUUAUGAAGAGCAAUCAAGUGAAGAAGAAGACGAAGAGUUUAUUGACAUAGCAGAGCCUGCCCCACCUCAAAUAGAAGACGGAGGACAAGCAACCAUUGAUGGCCUUCAAGAGAUCAACCUUGGGACAGUAGAAGAGCCAAAACCCAUAUUUGUGAGCGCCCUAUUAACACCAGAUGAACUAGGGGACUACAAGUCUUUACUCCAAGAGUACAUAGACGUUUUCGCUUGGGGUUAUCAAGAUAUGCCUGGCUUGGACCCCAAUGUAGCAGUUCAUAAGCUAGCAGUCUCAGAAGAAAAACGGUGGGUGAAACAAGCUCCUCGACGCUUCCGCUCAGAGCUCGCUGUUCAAAUUGAAUCUGAGGUUGACAAACUCAUCGAUGUUGGUUUCAUUCGAGAAGUUAAAUACCUCACAUGGUUGGCUAGUAUCGUACCUGUUAAAAAGAAGAACGGACAAAUUCGCAUUUGCGUCGACUAUAGGGAUCUCAAUGAUGCUUGUCCAAAAGAUGAGUUCCCACUUCCAAUCACAGAGUUAUUGGUCGACGCUACAACAGGAUAUAGUGCUUUGUCCUUCAUGGAUGGGUUCUCGGGAUACAACCAAAUCAAGAUGGCACCCGAGGACGAGGAACUCACAGCCUUUCGUACACCAAAAGGGGUAUACUGCUACACAGUGAUGUCGUUUGGCUUGAAAAAUGCAGGUGCAACUUAUCAAAGAGCAAUGACAUACAUCUUCGCCGAUAUGUUACAUAACACCGUUGAAUGUUAUGUCGACGAUUUGGUGGUCAAAACAAGAAAAAGGCAACACCACCUAGCUGAUUUGAGAAGGGUUUUUGAAAGGCUUCGAAAAUACCAAUUGAAGAUGAACCCGUUGAAAUGUGCCUUUGGGGUGAUGUCUGGAAAAUUCCUUGGCUUUGUUGUCAGAUACCGAGGAAUCGAGGUCGACCCUACCAAAAUCACGGCGAUUAGAGAAAUGCCUCCCCCUAGGGAUCUGCGGGAACUAAGAGGUUUGCAAGGAAGAUUGGCAUACAUAAGAAGGUUCAUUUCAAACCUUUCUGGAAGAUGUCAACCUUUCACGAGACUAAUGAAGAAAGACGUUCCUUUUAAAUGGGAUCAAGCUUGCCAGAAUGCUUUUGACAACAUCAAAGAGUAUUUGCUCAAACCCCCAGUGUUAAUGGCACCCAUCAAAGGAAGACCUUUAAUCCUCUAUAUUGCCGCACUUGAAAGAUCUCUGGGGGCAAUGUUAGCACAAAAUAAUGAUGAGGGGAAAGAAAAUGCUUUGUAUUAUCUAAGCAGGACACUUGUAGGGGCAGAGCACAAUUAUACUCCCAUCGAAAAAGUUUGCUUAGCCUUGGUAUUCGCUACUCAAAAGCUGCGACAUUAUAUGCUUGCUCAUAGUAUCACAUUGAUCUCCAAAGCGGAUCCGCUCAGAUACUUGAUGUCAAAACCGGUAUUGUCUGGACGUCUAGCGAAAUGGUCAUUGCUUUUGUCAGAAUUUGACAUUAAAUUUGUGUCCCAAAAAGCCAUUAAAGGACAAGCACUCGCUGAUUUCCUAGCAGCACAUCCGGUACCAGAUCAUAUAGAACUACCAGAAGACCUGCCAGAUGAAGAAGUCUUUUCUACAGAGGCAUCCACGUGGCAACUUUACUUUGAUGGAGCAGCUAGAACAAGAGGAGCAGGAGCAGGGGUUAUAUUCAUUACGCCAUCCAGAGGCUUAAUCCCAUACUCAUUCUCCCUCAUGGCUGUAUGUUCAAAUAAUGUCGCAGAAUACGAAGCAUUGAUUAUUGGGCUUGAGAUAGCGCUAGAGAUGAGGAUCGAUGCCUUACAAGCUUAUGGGGAUUCUCAACUCAUCGUCAGACAAGUAAAUGAUGAGUACGCUGUCAGGAAUGAAAAUCUCAUGCCAUAUCAUCAAAGGGUCAAGUACCUCAUGGCACGGUUUCAAGAAGUACAUGUUAGCCACAUCCCCAGAUCUGAGAAUGACAAGGCGGAUGCAUUAGCUAAACUGGCAGCAUCAUUAACUCUCCCAAAUGAAAAAGACAUACAAAUUACUGUUGGUGAAAGACGAUUGUUGACACCUGCUCUUGAACGGAUAGAAGAAUCCUAUGAAGCAUAUGCAGUCACAGUAUUUGAAGUUGAAGAAGAAUCCGAUUGGAGAAAAUGCAUGAUUGAGUACUGUCAAAGCGGGAAAUUGCCUAGUGACCCAAGGAAGAGAGUAUACAUAAGAAGAACAGCUCUUCGGUUUGUGUAUAUAAAUGACAUCUUGUACAGAAGGUCCUUCGAUGGGAUACUCUUGAGGUGUUUAUCAAAGGAAGAAGCAGCUCACGCCUUAAGGGAUACUCAUUCGGGCAUCUGCGGAGCUCAUCAAGUAGGUCCAAAGCUCGCAGCUCAGUUGAGAAUGAGGAUAGGUUAUUAUUGGCCCACUAUGGUACAAGACGCAAUACAUUUUGCCCGUACCUGUAAAGCAUGCCAAAUACAUGGGGAUUUCAUACACCAACCUCCAUUGCCUCUACACCCUUCCAUUCUAUCAUACCCUUUCGACACUUGGGUAUUUGAUGUCAUGGGUCCCAUAAGCCCUAAAUCAUCAAGGUUAGAUCAAUAUAUACUAGCUGGGACGGAUAAUUUCUCCAAAUGGUCAGAGGCAAUCCCUCUUAAAUCAGUCAAGGCAGAAGAUGUUGCAAAUUUUAUCCGGAGUAAUAUCAUUUACCGCUUUGGUGUCCCUUCAAAGAUCAUAUCUGACAAUGCCUCUUACUUCAAAUGCAAGGCCAUGAUCCAACUGUGCGAAAAAUACAAUAUCCAACACUCAUUUUCUGCAAGCUACAACCCCACGGCAAAUGGGCAAGCUGAAGCUUUCAACAAAGUCCUCGGUAAUAUUUUAAAGAAGAUGGUCUCAAGAAACAAGAGAGAUUGGCAUGAACGUCUACCCGAGGCGUUGUGGGCUUAUAGAACUACAGUUCGUACGGCAACAGGGUGCACACCAUACAGUUUGGUUUAUGGAUCCGAAGCAGUGUUACCACUCGAGAUUCAGCUACCAUCACCAAGGAUAGCCACCCAGCUUGCAAAUCCAGAUGAGAAUGCAAGAGUCAGACUUGCGGAACUUGAAGCGCUCGAUGAAAAAAGAUUGGUUGUCCAACAAAAGCUCGAGAUUUACCAAGCACAAGUGGCAGGUGCCUUCAAUAAAAAGGUUAAGUCCAGAUCAUUCAAAGUUGGAGACUUAGUCCUAACAUUACGAAGGCCUAUCAUUGUCACCAGACAGUCAAAAGGGAAGUUUGAGCCGAAAUGGGAAGGACCCUAUGUCAUCACCAAAGUCUUCAGUAAAGGGGCAUAUGAGCUUUCAAACGCUAAUGGAGAUUGCAUCUACUCAUGCGUAAAUGGAAAGUUCGUCAAAAAGUUCUAUGCUUGA